GCCAGUUGCACGUCUCGUCGACGUACCGCACCGCACCCGCCCACCUAUCGCUGAACCGAGUUGAUCAACGGGUAAACGGUAUUAAACGCUUCGCAGUCCGCGGCCGUUAUUUCGUUUUGGCUCUUCCGCCGACACGCACCCUGUCGCCGAUCGACAUUUGCUCUACGCUCUACAGAUCGCUUCCACGUUGUGAGCCCAAACAACUUAUUUUAUUUUUGCGUUUAUUACCAAGACUCGUAAAAUUUAUAAUGUCUGAAAGUGGUUGGGAUGAUGAAGAGUCUGGUUCUUCGUACCAAAGAGGCCGCGGCCGUGGUGGUAAUCGUGGAGGAGGUCGUGGAAGAGGAAACUAUAAUAAUAGAAAUAAUGAUGACUUCAACUCAGCUUCUAAUGGUGAUAGUUGGGGAAAUGGCGGUAGCGGUGGUGCAGAUGAAUGGUCCACUAAUGAUGACGGAGAACGUGAAGGUGGAUACCGUGGCCGUGGUCGGGGCGGCAGAGGACGAGGUGGCAGAGGUGGAGGCCGAAAUAUGGAAAGAAGUAAUGAUGAUGAAGAAGGAGGUGAUGGAAACUUUGGUGGUGAUGAUGGUGAACCUCCAGUUUCUGAUAAACCCAGACCAACGUAUAUACCUCCAGAAAUUGAUGAAAAUGAUGAAUAUGGAAUUGGGGUUGGAAGCAAUUUCAACAAAUACGAAAAUAUUGAAGUAAAAGUUAGUGGUGAUUCCGUCCCAAAACACAUUGAAUCCUUUAAGAGUUCAGGGUUACGUGAAGUAUUAAUAGAAAAAUUGAUAAAAUGCAAUUACACCACACCUACUCCGAUUCAGAAAUAUUGUAUUCCUGUUAUUAUUAGUGGACGAGAUAUGAUGGCUACUGCCCAAACUGGUUCUGGUAAAACUGCUGCAUUUGUUUUGCCAAUUGUGCAUACUUUACUUUCUCAACCUCAAGAUUUAGUUUAUGAUCGGGAUUACUGUGAACCUCAAUGUAUUAUUAUGUCACCAACAAGAGAAUUAGCAAUACAAAUUCGUGAUGUUGUAUUUAAGUUGACCUGUGGAACUUGUAUUAAACAAUCAAUUCUCUAUGGUGGCACUGCAACAUCACAUCAAAGGGGAACACUGGCUAAUGGUAUUCAUAUAUUAGUAGCAACACCUGGACGUUUAAAUGAUUUUGUGGGUCGUGGAUACGUAUCAUUUAAAUCAUUAAGGUUCUUUGUGUUAGAUGAAGCAGAUAGAAUGUUGGACAUGGGUUUCAAGCCAGAUAUCGAGAAAAUAUUAAACCAUGAAACAAUGGUUGAUGUUAAUACUAGACAAACACUUCUGUUUUCUGCAACAUUGGCAGAGGAUAUUCAAAUGUUAUCUAAAGAUUAUUUGAAACCAAAUUAUGUAUUUGUUGCUGUGGGUGAAAUUGGAGGAGCAUGCAAAGAUGUUAAACAAGAAAUUAGAGAGGUUUCCAAGUUUGAAAAAAAGAAAGAACUGAUCAAAGUUUUAGAAUCCUUAGGAGAUUGUAAAGGGACAAUGGUUUUUGUGGAACAGAAAAGAAAUGCUGAUUUCAUUGCUGCAUUUUUAAGUGAAAAAGACUAUCCUACAACUAGUAUUCAUGGUGACCGUGAACAGCCAGAGAGAGAACAAGCCCUAAGAGAUUUUAAGAGUAAUAAAAUGAAAAUUUUAGUUGCUACUGCAGUUGCUGCUAGAGGCCUGGAUAUCAAGGGUGUUAACUGUGUUAUAAAUUUUGAUAUGCCAAGCUCUAUUGAUGAGUAUGUGCAUCGAAUUGGCCGAACGGGAAGACUGGGUAAUUCUGGCAGAGCAGUUUCAUUUUAUGAUAGUUCUACUGAUAAUAACUUAUCAUCAGAACUUGUUAGGAUUCUAAAACAGGCUGAACAAGAAGUGCCGUCAUUUUUAGGUGGUGGCGGUGGUGGUGGUGGUGGUGGAGGAGAUUCCUAUGGAGGAAGUAGUACCGCAUGCAGUGACUAUAGAGUGACUACGCAAGCUGAUAAUGAUGGAUGGUGA